CGUCACCAAAAUCUCUAGCUUUUGCUCUCGAAUUCCCAAUUCCAAACCUGAAACAACUUUGAAUUUUUUCUCUCAGCCUCUCGCUCUAGCUCUCGACGCUGCAUAUCAUCAUCGUCGAUCUGAGGUGUGGACACUUUAAAUUCUGAGUUCUCCUCCACAGUGACUACAGUGCUACGGCGGAGGAAGAUAGCACCACCACAAUUUUUUCCGAUUUGCACACAGACAUCAUAGAAGCCCAAGCGGCCAAGCCCACGUCCUCUCUAGUUUAGACAGUGCCUAUCGCCGGCACAAGCUGCUUCCUCCACUACCCCCGGCUUCACUUAGACUCUUCGUCCAAGUAAAGGCCCAGGAGUCUUAUCUAUUAUCAAUCUUUGUAUAAUCAAACAGCGAAAGGAAAGAAGAGAAACUGAAAAAUGCAAUCAAAGAUCAGUGCUUUCUUCAAACCCGAUUCUUCUACACCAAAAGAAGAUGAAGACCAGUCUCCAUUUACCGUCGAUUUUGGCGAUUAUUCUGAAAAAAUUAUAAAAGGGCCAGAAAUUAUCACCACAUACAAGCGCAGGACUGCAUGCUUAGAUAGCAAAGAAUCAAUGAAUCAAGAUUCAGAGGAGAAAUUCACAAAUUUGAGACUGCCCAAGUGUGGAAACGUUCUGAACAAGAAGAGAAACUAUGCCCAAUUACACUUGGAGGUUGGUCAGUCUAAUUUUUUGCUGCACACAUGUAAAGAAUGCGGGUUCAAGUAUGCUACUGGUGAUGAAGGUGAUGAGAGGAUUCACAAGACAGUUCACAAGAAUUACACCCAUGGUAUUUCAUUCAAGGGUUGGCGAAAUGAAAAGAUUAUUGAUGUGCCUUUGCUUGAAAGAGGGCGAAUUAUUUUGGUGCAAGGCGAUGAUCCUCAUACUCAGCAAAACAAGAUUCAGGAUAUUGUCAAGAUGAUGGAAAUGGAACUUGGAGACGGGUGGAUACUCCAUAAAAACUGUAAGGUUUACCUAUUUGUUUCUUCCCAGAGGGUAUCUGGAUGUCUAGUUACAGAAUCAAUAACGAAGGCAUACAGGAUAUCCACAAACUCAGUAAUCAAGAAAGAUGAUAGUGACACUGCAAAAGAAACAAGGACUAGUUCGGUUUCCCUUCAAUUUGGCAAUGUCAGUUUUGAGAGGGAAAUCAUAAGAAGGGAUUCUUCUGCAGUAGAGUCAGAGAAAGGCAUUGAUGGAAUAAUUUUGUGUGAGGAUGAGGCAGUACCUGCUGUUUGCGGCAUUAGAGCCAUUUGGGUCGCUCCCUAUAACAGGAGAAAACGCAUAGCCACUAAUCUACUUGAAGCAGCAAGAAAGAGCUUCCACACAGGCGUAACUCUUGAACACACACAGCUAGCCUUUUCUCAACCUACCUCACUUGGAAAGGCUUUGAUAUCCAGUUAUACAGGAGGUUCUUUCUUGGUCUACACAACGGCUGAUCUAUACUAAGGUUGGUCAUGCAUCGUUACUUGGAUUGUGCAAUUUUUUUAUUUUGUAAUCGGUUAGCUUUUUCUAUGUUUUUCAUAACCGAUCCCAAGCGUGACCAAAAUAGGCAGAUUAUGGUAGGUUGAUAUCAAUGUCUUUUAGUUCUUUUAACUUGGGAUCGACCAAAGGAGGGUGAUUGUGAUAGGUUGACUUCAAGGUCUUUCGGUUCUUUUAACAUGCAUCUUUUUACUUAGCAACAUGCUCAUGUAGUAGUGAAGCGAUGAAAUUUAUAGUCACCCUAAAUUUAUUGGGAAAUUGCUUGGUUUGUUGUUCUAUAGACUGAUUCAAAUUCUUAACAUACACUAUUGUCCAUUAUUUUAGUUGAAGAAUUUUUCAUUAUGAAAAUUA